UCAUGAUCGGAUCAAGUGCUUGCGUUGGGCGUUUUGCAGUUUCGUUAGCACGGGCUAGAUUAAAAAGUCGGUUCGAUUUUUCAUCCUUAUUACAACGACGAGCUUUAUCAACAAUAAGUCCAAGCGAUAGAGAAAAACUUUUGAAGCCCACGAUUCUCAACGGAUUUCUUUAUCGUCUAGCCACCCCGGAUGAUCGGGAACAGUUACGGGAUGGACUGGAACGAUGGUUUUAUCCGGAAGAACCGUUGAAUGCGGCACAUCGAGAUGGGCCCCAGUACACGCAAGAAGACAUGGACUGGAUGGUGGGCCUCAUUGACCAUGGCUAUGUGGUUCUGGCAUUGGAGGAAUCCGACGGAAGUUUGGCCGGAUCCUGUGCCGGUGCUUUGAUAACACCCAGUUUCGUUGAGGAAGUGACAGAGCUGGCCAAGACUGCAAAGACGAGAAAAUUUAAGGAUACCUGUCUGUUCCUGGCUCAUUGUACCCGUAAUGCAAACGUCUUCGAAAGAUUUCAAGCUGAAACAGCCUUUCAGGUUCAAUUCACAAGCGUGCUUCCGAAUUAUAGAGGACGAAAACUCGGUACCAUCAUGAUGGAAAAAUGUCUGGAGAUAGCGCAACGAAUCGGGGCCGGAGUGAUCUACGGCGAUUGUACUGGACCUUUUAUGGCGCGUUCCUGCCAAAGCAUCGGGAUGCGAUGCGUUUACGAGAUAGCAUAUAGAGAUUUUCGGGACGAAAAUGGAGAAAAUGUGUUCAAGCCCCUGCCAAACUAUGAGUAUUUGCAAUGUCAUGCUAUGAAGCUUUGAGUAUGAACACUAGGGUGGCAGCUAAAAUGGAAACGUAGUUUUGAGCUCUUUGAGGCACCCCGAAAGCAAGUCCGAUUGAGUAAUAAAACCUUUCAAAUAUUA